ACCUCCCCACGAGAACAUGCCUCUCGCAAAGGAUCUCCUUUAUCCCUCUCCAGAAGAGGAGAAGAGGAAACACAAGAAGAAGCGCCUGGUGCAGAGCCCCAAUUCCUAUUUCAUGGAUGUCAAAUGCCCAGGAUGCUAUAAAAUCACCAUCGUCUUUAGCCAUGCACAAACAGUAGUUUUGUGUGUUGGUUGCUCUACUGUCCUCUGCCAGCCUACAGGAGGAAAAGCAAGGCUUACAGAAGGAUGCUCCUUCAGACGGAAGCAGCACUAAAAGCCCCUGGAAUCAAGAUGAAUGGGAAACCAUCCCAAUAAACACAUUUUGGAUACAUCCUGUUUAUUGUCUUGUUUUACCGCUAGGAAGUUCCUACCUCAAGUAUUCAGGGUCAACCAGAAGAGUGGACUCUAGAGUCAUUUGGGGCAAUUUGUGAAAUAAAAUGAAGGCAGUUUCCAAGUCAAAAGUCCACGGUGCUGAAUAUAAGGACUCCUUACCUAGAAAGAGGAAAGCUGUUGAUGCCAACACCGCAAAGAGGGUGAAGAGGAGAAUCUGGUAAGAACCCAUGAACUUCUGGAGGACUCCUGAAUUGUCACAUUGAUCUACACAUUGGCAGAAUAAAAGAAGAUAGUAGUUACUUUGCAUUUAAAAAUUGUCACAUUGAUCUACACAUU